AUGGAGGUGCUGGAACUGCUUGUUGCCGGCUUUAUGGAGAAAAAGGCGGAGAACGAGGAACAGAAACUAGAAACGGAAAAAGUGGAUACAACGACAGAAAGGGAGAUACUCUCACAGAUGCACCAGUUCUGUGAUGAGAUUGUAGGGCCCCUCCUCAAUGAGGUCUAUACCCCGCACAAGGUUCAUCCUCAAACUAUCGACGAGAUCAGAGCUCUCUGUGCGUCAGUCUUGCAGGCGCGGUCAACCAUUCUAGGCCUGCUACAUGACGACAGCAUUGCCUCUCGCCGCUCACUCGUCGGCCUUCUGUAUGCAACUGGGCAGUGGACCGACGCUAUACAACUUGGCAGGGCGUACCUCGGCUCCAUCGACUCGGAGCCGAGUCUGUCUGGACGACCAGAAACCAAGAAGCUGCUCGCCACUAUGCUGAGCUUUUACGACCAACCCCAGAAGGAAGAGGCUCUCAGACUCCUUCAAGAGGUCUUACAGUCGCAAUCGUUGAAUAGUGGGCCCGUACACACAAGGAUGGUGGAUAACACUCUCCUCAUCGUCGACCUUCUGGAGCAACUCGACCGGAGAGAAGAGGCAUUGCCCAUCAUUGACGCUUGGAUUGCGGAUGCGGAAGCUGCCCUUGGGAGCACCCACAGACUCGUCCUUCUGUGCAAGCUAAGGCGUGGUCUUCUCCUGGUCAAACUGGGUCGCGACGAAGUGAGGCCCAUUCUCGACGACGCAAAGGAACAACUUAGGGAGGAGGGAACUACCUCCAAUCGUCCUGCGCUGCUGGCCAAGCUCGCAAGAGCCCGUCUCCUCGUGGCACUGGAAGAAGUAGAUGAAGCAGAAGCGGCGUUCGAGGACCUUGUUGAACUCGUAUCGCAAACUCUACCCGAGGGCCACCCAGACGCGCUUAAAGUUCACGAGGAGCACGCGAGCUUUCUCCAAUCACUUGGUGAAGUCGAACAAGCUCUAGGUGUACGAGAGCAAAUCUCGACGUGCCUGAGAAACUCGCUGGGCCAGAAGCAUCCACUCAUGCUCCGUGCCCUCUUUGAGCAGGCAAGUUGUCUCGGAGCUCUUGGACGCUUUACAGAUGCACGGUCCCUCCUCGAAGAUGUCGCAGAUGGGUACGGACAAGUGCUAGGACGGAAGAACGGCCGCUUCAUCGAGGUUCUCCAAGCGCUCAGCCUGGUCCUCGUCCAGCUGGGUGAACUCAUCCGAGCCCGCAAAGUACAAGAACAGGUCGUCGAUGUCUUGACGGGCAAGCAUGGUCUCAACGACGAGAGGACGAUAGCCGCGACACUCACGUUGGCCAGCGUCAUCUGGUCCUCUGGGAUGGAGACAGAGGCACUUGCAAUGGAGACAAGAGCGAUGAACCUCCAGCGUGAGGUACUCGGCGAAAAGCAUCCAACCACGCUACAAACGAUGCACAACCACGCCGUGACGUUACAGUCUAUCGGCCGAUACUCCAACUCGCUUGUUUUGCUUCAAGAGGUUUACGCCGCGAGGAAGGAAGUGCUAGGAGAGGGCCACGCGCAUACACUCGCGACACACUUCAGUCUGGCCAUCAGUCAAGAGGGGUUAGGCAGAAACAAAGAAGCCGUAGAGACGGUUCAAGCCGUCGUUGCUCUGGCAGAGAAGAGUCUCGAGCUGGGCGAAGUAACAGAGGAAGAAAUUGAAGAGUACAGAGUUGCGCUGACGGAGAUGAGAAAGGAAGUAGAACUUUUCGAAAAGAAGUUCGGAUCGCUUCAAUGA